UAGUAUUAGUUUUACUUUUAUCUCCUAGAAGAAGAUUAAGUCUAUCCGUCUAUAAAAGCCUGUAUACGUAUAAAAAGCUAGGACGAGAAAUUGACCUAAGCUUUCUCUCGCUGUCUCUUUUACCUUGCCUCCUUAGUUCCUUGAGCUAGAAGCUUCCCCGUCGUGAGUGUGCACUUUGGUUGCGGUUUAGAUAUGCCACCUCGUUCUGCGUCCAAGCCGUCCAAGAAACGGAGUAACCCUGAUUCAGUUACCUCUUCAGCCACUGGUCCCGUUCCCUCAGCUUCUAGUAAGAAAAAGGCGUCCAAAGAGGUGGAUGGAACAGAUAAAUUGUUUGAUAAGUAUGCUAAUGCAUCUUCUGGUGUCAUUGAUCCAGAAGGAAUUGAGAAACUUUGCUCCAGUUUGGAAGUUCCUCAUACCGAUAUCAGGAUCUUGAUGCUAGCUUGGAGAAUGAAGGCUGAAAGACAAGGUUACUUCACCAAGGGUGAAUGGAGAAUAGGACUCAAGGCUUUAAAAGUUGACACGAUCGGUAAAUUGAAGAAAGCCCUUCCAGAACUCGAGAAAGAGGUCAGAGAGCCAUUAAAUUUUCGAGAUUUUUAUGCUUAUGCCUUCCAGUAUUGUUUGACAGAAGACAAACAAAAGUUCUUAGACACUGAGACUAUAUGUCAACUCCUAGAUAUGGUCUUAGGAUCAACAUUCCGUGCCCAGGUUGACUACCUUAUAGACUACCUAAAGAUCCAGAAGGAUUACAAAGUCAUCAGCAUGGACCAAUGGAGGGGAUUCUGUCGAUUCUGCAAUGAGAUAAGUUUCCCAGACAUGACCAACUACAAUCUAGAACUUGCUUGGCCAUCAAUUCUUGACGACUUUUUUGAGUGGUUGCGCGAAAAACAAGCCUGAAAGUUACACAAUCACAGUCAAAUAACUUUGAAUUUGAGUAUUGUUUACCCACCCUUGAUGAACACAUAAUGCUUGCCAUAUAUAUGAGUUUCUAUAUUCAAAUGUUUUGCUCUUGUCUUAAGGUUUGGUGUUGUUGGCUCAUGUUGCUUUUUCAUCAUUA